AUUGGCAGUUGGCAAAUACAAACCGGUGUGCGUAAGAGGGAGGGUGUUGACUGUUAGCUCAUAAAGAAAGACGAAGAAGUGAAAGGUAUCUUAUAGUAUAGCGAAAUCGUAUAUGUUACAGAGGAUUUAAGGUUUUCGAGAGCCUUCUUGAUUGUCGUUUUGUCCACUCGGUAACCAUGGCUUGUGGCGCUACGUUAAAACGUUCCAUGGAAUUCGAGGCCCUUCUCAGCCCUCAAUCUCCCAAGCGGAGAAGGUGCAAUCCGCUACCGGGAACUCCUAGUACUCCGUCUCCGCAAAGAUGCAACCUACGACCACAAAUAGAAAGCCCAUCAAACUCGAUCUGCCCUCAGCCCAUGGGAGGAGAACAUAGGUUAACUCCAGAGCAGAUCUUCCAGAACAUCCGGCAGGAGUACAGCCGCUACCAGCGGCGGCGGCAGCUGGAGGGGGCGUUCAACCAGACAGAGGGGUGUGGUAGUGCUGAUGGUUCGAGCCCCUGCCCUGUCCUCAACUCACCCAGCUCACCCGCAGGUGCCUCGUUGCUGAAGAAGGACCAGCCCACAUUCACACUGCGCCAAGUUGGCUACCUAUGUGAGCGCCUUCUCAAAGACCAUGAGGAGAAGAUCCGGGAGGAGUAUGAACAGAUCCUGAACACGAAACUGGCAGAACAAUAUGAGUCAUUUGUGAAAUUCACACAAGAUCAGAUCAUGCGGCGAUACGGAGCCAGGCCUGCCAGCUAUGUAUCUUGAACCUCCCUGGAUGGGUACCAGCCAACCUUUGACUUCAUGGUUGCUGCAGAACUAUCCCUCACUCUCACUUUCCUUUUAAUCCCUUCCUAUUUUAAAAACUGAUUGGGUGCCAUGGAUAAUCCACAUUUAAUCCCCCCCAUACUUCUGAAUUCUUACUGACUGCCCAGCUAUGACUUGAGUAUAUAAGAUGCGUUUGGAUAAAUGUCCUCUCCUUUUGAAAUGUAAGUGCAGCAGCUGAUGUGGAUGGACAUCUGAGGGACUGCGUGCCACUUGUACAAAAGCUCAGUUGGUGUCUGAAUGUUUCUGUACAGUCUGCCUCCUACUGGGCUACAGCAGCUCUACCACACUCUGCCUGUCUCCUCUUUCCUCUCCACCUGUCUUGUUUCCAAACUAACUUUAGAGAUGUGGAUUUUUUUUUUCUUUUUUUGAAAAAUUAAAGGUUCUCCCAUAAGCCAC